AUGGCUUCCUCAAUUCCUCCGAAUGAGCCGCCGACUCAUAUCAAGAUCCUGACCCUCAACUGUUGGGGUCUGAAGUAUCUUGCCACCUACCGUCAUGAACGACUUGCCGAAAUUGGCCGACAGCUGGCUCUGGCCAGCCCGCCCCCCGAAAUAGUUGGCUUGCAGGAGUGCUGGACCCAACAAGACUACGAGAGCAUCCGAGAUCAAACCCGCCACAUUCUACCAUAUGGAAAAUUCUACUACGGAGGCAUAUUUGGUGCGGGGCUGGCGAUUUUAUCAAAGUGGCCAAUCGAGGAGAGCAGCAUGUACGGAUAUCCACUGAACGGACGGCCAACAGCCUUUUUCCGUGGUGAUUGGUUCGUGGGCAAAGGUGUCGCCUGUGCCAGAGUGCGUUUUGGACCAGGCACAGCCGAUGUCGCUGAGGUGUUCUGUACACACUUGCAUGCCCCUUAUGAGCGUGAGCCCCACGACUCGUAUUUGUGCCACCGCACAGCGCAAGCGUGGGAAAUCUCCAAGCUUAUGCGCGGCGCUGCAGAGCGAGGCCACCUAGUGAUUGGACUGGGCGACUUCAACAUGCUGCCCUCCUCCUUUGCUCACCGCUUGAUCAGCGCACAGAGCCCCGUCCGAGACGUUUGGCGCGUGCUGCACCCGGACUCGUCUCUCGGCGCUGCAAUUAACCCCGUUGAGCAAGCUAGGAAACGACCGAUACCAUCCGCAGAGUUCAAUUUGCUUGAGAAUGGUGCUACAUGUGACGGUGCUUUUAAUACAUGGCGCUGGUCUAAAGCUCUCCAGAAACGACUUGACAAGGGCGAAGAGAUCACCAUUGACAAGGAUGACGCUGAUCCUCGCGCCAAACGUCUCGACUAUAUCUUCGUUGGUGAUGGAGGAUAUCCCCCCGAGUUCCCUGCCCCUCGCUGGUCUGUAGAAUCAGCAAAGGUCAGCAUGACCGAGCGUCACCCGACCCUUCGCUGCUCUCUGAGCGAUCAUUUUGCCGUCGAGGCGGUCAUUACUCGCUCUUCUGGUGUUGAUAUUAUCAAAUCCGAAGCUCAAGUCCAGGUCGACCAACCCCACUCACCGGGAUCUCCUUCUCUCCACACAACAACCUCCAAACAAGUCUCACCCAAUGCUGCCCUGUCUCCGGAUACAUAUGACCACAUUAUUGAUAUGAUUCAUACCUACGAACAGAGAGAAAGGUCUCAGCGUCGCUGGCGCCUUGCGCAUUUCCUCUUGUCGAUCGUAGUAUCUAUUGGAUGCAUGGUCGGUGUGUGGUGGGUGGGUAACCGCACAUAUAUUGGCUUCAUUCUCAUCCUGGUCAGCACCUUGAACUUUGGUGCCGGUAUUCUGGAUGGUCUAAUUGGCGGACUGUUCAUGUCAAGUGAAUUGCGUGCCCUGAAGGAAUUCGAGUGGGAGGUCCAAACUGCCAAGGACUUGGUCCUGGCUGCUGAGAAACGGGGCCCCGCCUCUAGUCGGAACUCGGAGGCGCAGGAUUGA